AUGCGUUGCGUGAACUGGUUGUUGCUUGGGACCUGCCUCCUGGUCCUGGGCCCCGCGGUGCAGGGCGCCCCAGGCCAGUGCCCGAGCCUGUGCCACUGCCACGGCGACCUUCAGCACGUCAUUUGCGACAGCGUCGGGCUGAAGAAGAUCCCUCGCGUGUCGGAGGUCACCCGUUUGCUGAACCUGCAAAGGAACAACCUGGGCAGUAUUCCCACGGGGGCAUUCGGCGAAAGCAAGGGGCUCAUCUCGCUGCACAUGCAGCACUGUCAGCUCCGGGAGAUUGGGUCCCAGGCCUUCAAGGGUCUGAAGAAGCUCAUCUACCUCUACCUGUCCAACAACGAGAUCACCAGCAUCAAGCCCGGCGCCUUUGAGGACCUCACCGAGCUCACCUACCUCUACCUGGACGGGAACCAGAUCGGUGACCUUGCAAAGGGCAUCUUCUCCCCCAUGAUCAACCUCUUCAUCCUGCAGCUCAACGACAACAAGCUCCGGGAGUUGAGACCGGGGACUUUCGCGGGCGCCAAGGAUUUGCGCUGGCUGCACAUGAGCGGGAACGAACUGACGACCCUGCAGCCGGGCUCCCUGGACGACGUGGAGAACCUCGCCAUACUUCACCUGGACAGGAACAGGAUGUCCACCUACCCCACCACGGCGAUGAGCAAACUGCGAGUGGUGGAGGAGCUCACGCUGGGGAAAAACCCCAUGAGGACCAUCCCUGACAUCGCCUUCCAGAGCUUUGGGCGUUACAUGGAGAAACUACACCUGGACAACAUGGGUCUGGAGAAGUUCUCUGACGGUGCGUUCACUGGUGUGACGGCUGUAAAGACGCUGAACCUGGACAACAACAAGCUGAAGUCUCUUCCCAAAAGCUUCGAUUUUGGCACCAUCACCAACCUCACCCUCUCCAACAACCUGUGGAGCUGCACGUGUCAGCUCGCUCCACUGCGCAGGUGGAUGGACUCUAGUCGCAAUCGUCCGGACGCAGUGUGUGCGUCUCCGCCUCAGCAGAAAGGAAAGCAAGUGAGAGACAGCGCCGCCUUCAGUGGCUGCAGGGUCAAGCCGAAGAGAGCCAAAAAGGGCACGCGUCAUUGA